UUCUAGUUAUAUCAUAUAUACAUUCAUAAGUAUAUUUCCAUGAAGCCUUAUGGGGUGCACCGUCACAGGGGGUCCCCGGUUUGCAGCAGGGGAGCUGAGGUACAGGACAGCAAAGGGACUUUCCCAAGGCCCCGGAGUGAAUCGGUGGCAGAGCUGGGAAAGGAGAGUCCCGUGUCCCCCUUCCUUGCGCUCACAGCUCUGGCUCACUUCUCCUUCUCUGCCUGUGGUUCACACAGCCGUCUGGCUGCCUCGUGCUCUCUGCAGGCCUGAUCCGGAGCGGGCGGGAGGUGUCAGCAGGUCUCAGGAUCCAUCCCGUGAUGCAGCUGCUCUAGGAAUGGCAUCUUGGGCUGCGUGCUUGUCCUGCCAUAUUUGCUCCAGUGUGUGGUUUUGGAAACUGCCCGCUCUGCUGAUUCAGCCCAGGCUCUCCGGUCUUGCGCCCCCAAUGCAGGUUCUGCAGCAGGCGGUACGGGAGCCAGGAUGGAAUCCAGCUCUUUCUCCAAGGCCGUGUGGCCCCGUGAGGGUCCCUGGAGUAAGAGGCAGCAGACUAGGUGUGAAUGUGCGUAGGGAGCAGAUCUGGGGGGCAAGACGGUGCCAUUUUUACAAUGGCUUCUCUGGCCAGAGCUGCAUUCGAGACUUGCUCCUCGGCUAUUAAUUCUGCUUCUUCUGGUCUCUCCUGUGCUUUCCUCCCCUCCUGGCACCACAGAGGAACAGCAGAGAGGUACAGUAUCAUGCUCCAGCCUGCCUAGUCUCCGUAGGCCCCAGGAGGGCAGGCCCCAGUGCAUGUGAGAAGGGGGUUCUGAGGCUUUGGGAAUCCGAGGUGGAGCGGGAGGCGCUGGUCCUACUCCAGUGCUGCUGUUUUCAACUGCUAUGAAGCCACGUGGCUCACUGGCCAGAGCGUCCUGCAGCUAGCCCAGUGUUCGAGAGGGGCAGGGAACAGACGGGAGAUGGAUCCACAAAGGCGCCCAGAGCUGGUUCCGCCGGGGAAAUGCAGGGCCGCAUCCCUUCUCCGCUCAGUGCCAGGCUCUCCUGGGAAUGGGCCAGAACAGCCUCUGCUGCAGAGACAAGAGGCUGUUCUGUAGGGGUGGGAUCCUGGCCUGGGGUGUUGUCAGGGUAUUUGCAUGGGUUCGCCCCCAGGGCACUGCCACUGAACUCCAUCUCCGGCUGCGUGAUCAAUCGCUCUGUGCCCCGGCCAGGGGCGUUCCUGCUGCAGCCCUUGGCACAGCCACGUUUACCUCUUCCUCCCGCUCCGCCUGCGGCCUGACCCUGCAUGCACAGACCACGCCGGCUCCGUAGUCUCCUUUGACCAUUGAUAUUCUCGCCCCGUUUGCAGGUGUCAGCGCUGGCCAGGUGAUGGGAGGUGGCUCAGGACCUGUCCAGGUGAAGGAUUCGCCUCUUCUCCUCCAACAGAUCGACGCCAUGCGGCUGUCCAUUGAGCACCUCAAAACUGAGAACAACCGGCUCAAGGGAGCCCACAUGAAGGCGGAGCUGGCAGCGCUGCCCCCUCUGCACGUCCCGAAGCUCUCGCUUCCCAAAGAUCGGCAGGGAGAGGAGGUGGCCUCCGGCACUCUGUACAGGAAGACGAGCCAGUUGCUGCAGACCCUCUACCAGAUGAGCGCCAACGCCAAGGUGGUGGACGUCGCGCACAGAAGCUCGGGAAGCCCGGCCGCCCAGCUGCUGGAGCAGACAGCCCGCCUGAAGUCCUUGAGCAGCACCAUAGACAAGCUGAAGGAUGAAGUGAUGAAGGAGACGGUCCUGCAGCACCCUGGGGCCAAUGUCCUCACUGACUUCGCCACCUUCCCAUCCUCAGCCUUCCUCAAGGCCAAAGAGGAGAAGAAGGAAGACACCGUGUACGUUGGCAAAGUGACCUUCCCCUGCCAGCCUGGGCAUGGCCAAGUGCACAAGCUCGUCCUGACGCCGGAGCAGCUGUGUGAGCUGCACGGCCGCCUCAUCUCCUAAGGGACCCCCCGCCCCCCACAGAGACUGAUGUUCCUUGCACAGCCCCUCUCCCCAACCCGUUGCUGAGUCUCUUCUCCAAGCCCCUUCUUGGCAGGGACUUGCUAGCCUGUGCGUGCAGCAGACCCCAGCAGAGCGCCCCCGCCUGGAGCACCAGGUUCCAGCUAACGAAACAACUCACCCUUCUGCCCCGCCGAGGGGGACCUUGGCAUAGCUGUGUGUGCAUGUGUGUUCGCUCCUGCCUGCAUCUCCGGCUGCCUUUCCUCCUCCCUGCUCUCGCGGUGCAUCUGAGAGCUGCCUUUCUCCUGGGGGGGGGGACUGAGGUGUCAGGGGCCGGGCCUGAUUGUAUACAUUACACUCACCAGUGAAAGCUCUUCCAACACCCACCCAGCAGCUCCUUGUCCGAACGGCACUGACCUGGCCCAGGAGCUCACGGCUCCUGAUCCGCUCAGCCCCUGGCAAACCCCCCGGGGCGGGCUCUGCCCGCUCAGCCCCUGGCAAACCCCCCGGGGCGGGCUCUGCCCGCUCAGCCCCUGGCAAACCCCCCGGGGUGGGCUCUGCCCGCUCAGCCCCUGGCAAACCCCCCGGGGCAGGCUCUGUAGGGAGCACCACCGUUCUCCAGGCGGGAUUGGAGUGGCAGGGAGCCAGGGGCUUGGCCCUGCACUGAGGCUGGGAGCGGCAUUGGAACCCCGCCCAGCUCAGCCUAACUGAUCAACAAGAGAAACCCAGCCAGAGAUGCCCCCGU